UUCACUCCCGGCAUGCACACUGGAAGUCCAAUUAUUGCUCAUGGCGGGUAUUUGUGCAAAACAUGCUGAAGUUGAGCUAUCGCGUGCUAACUGUGUGAGCUAACGCAGAACUUGGAAGAUUUGAAGCUAACUUGAAUUUGUGUCGCGUGCUCCGAAAGCGUCUUCGUGGACAGACAGGCAGACAGACAGGCAGACAGACAGAGCGGAGGACAAGAGGGACAGGAAGGACAGACACUAGGACUAUUAUCAUCAUCAUGUGGCUGCUGUCUCUGAGCAGGAAGACAACGUGGGGUUUGAAUUAAGAAAUAGCCUCUGUGGCGAUGUUAGCUUACAUUAACGUCACACACGCGCCACACUAACAGACAAAAAACUAUGGUAAUAACAGACAAAGUUUAGCUAGAAACUCAAUAGUUCAUUCAUUAUUAUUCAUUCGACCGUUACUCUAAAUCCCCGCAAUCUCAAGAAGCGGAAAUAUGACGCCGGUGUUGGUGUGUUGGCUUUUGUUAUUCAUAACUGCCGCCGAAGUUAACGGUAGCUCGAAGCUAAAUAUACCCAAAGUGCUGCUGCCGCUUGCCAGGAGUACAAGAAUUAACUUCACACUGGAAACCACUGAAGGCUGCUACAGAUGGUCAUCUACCAGGCCAGAGGUAGCUAGUGUUCAGGCUGUAGAUGAAGAGAGAGGCAGAGGCUGCUCCAGGAAAGCUGUUCUCCAGGCUCUCUCCACCCAGCCUUCCAGACUGACCAGCAUCAUCUUGGCUGAAGAUGUCGUUACGGGACAGGUACUGCGCUGUGAUGCUAUUGUCGACAUCAUCAGUGAGAUACAAAUAGUGUCGACCACCAGAGAGCUGCAUCUUGAGGACUCGCCACUGGAGCUCAAAAUUCAUGCACUGGACUCUGAAGGAAACACCUUCAGCACCCUUGCAGGUCUGGUGUUUGACUGGACCUUAGUGAAAGAUGUUGAUGUGAAUGGAUUCUCAGACUCAUACAAUUCAUUACGGGUACUUAAAUUCUCUGAGUCCACUUACACGCCCCCUGGGUACAUAACUGAAAUGGAGCGUGUUGGGAAACAGGGCGAUAUUAUUUUGGUGUCGGGACUGAAAACGGGACAUUCUAAGUUAAAAGCCAAAAUUCAAGAGUCUCUGUAUAAGGAUGUGGGCGCUGCAGAGGUGAGGCUACUGAUUUUAGAGAACAUCCUGCUGAAUCCUGCUCACGACGUCUACUUGUUGGCGGGAACUUCCAUCCGAUACAAAGUGCUGAAGAUACGACAGGGCAAGAUCGCAGAGCUCUCGAUGCCGUGUGAUCAAUAUGAGCUGCACCUUCAGAACAGCGUGAUCGGCCCGAACGGAAACCCAGAUGUUGCCAUAGCCAGUCUGGACCAGAGCAUCUCCACGGUUACAGCGGUUCAGCUGGGACACAUCAACGUGGUGCUGGAUCACAAGAGCCUUCGAAUGCAAGGAGUGUCUCGCCUUCCCAACAGCACUCUUUAUGUGGUUGAACCAGGUUACCUAGGUUUUAAAAUUCAUCCUGGAGACAGCUGGGUCCUCGAAACAGGCAGAAUAUAUGAUAUCUCCAUUGAAGUGUUUGAUAAAUCCGGCAACAAAAUUUACCUCUCUGAUAAUGUCCGCAUUGACACUGGCUUUCCCGCGGAGUACUUUGAACCCCUGGAGUCUUCCCUGAAUGGAUCGUACCAUCGGGUCAGAGCUCUCAAAGACGGCCUAACCCUUAUUGAUGCAACGCUAAAAAACGUGGUAGAUGAACGUGGAAACAUCUAUGCCCUCGCCAACCCAGUCCACAAUGAACAAGAUGUGGAAAUCUAUAACCCUAUAGUCCUUAGUCCCAGUAUUCUCACAUUUCCAUGGCAGCCUAAGGUUGGAGCUUAUCAGUACACAAUAAAGGCGACAGGAGGCAGUGGAAACUUCAGCUGGUCUUCCUCAAACACGGCUGUUGCCACAGUGACUGUGAAAGGAGUGAUGACCACAGUCAGUGACAUUGGCGUCAGUGUAGUUUAUGCUCAUGAUCUACGCAACCCACUACACUUUGGCCAAAUGAAGGUGUACGUCGUUGAGCCUGUAGCCAUGGACUUUGCUCCUUGCAGAGUCGAGGCCACAGUGGGUCUGGUUCUGAAUCUGCCUCUUAGGAUCUUUGGUCUGCUGGGGGAGGCGGAGAAAGAGCGAGUUAUGCUGAGCGACUGCUCCCACUUUGACCUGCAGGUUGAAGAGGAAACCAAUGGUGUCUUUCAACUACUGGACGGGAGGCUUGCUCCCGGCCAGGACCACUGCAGCGGGGUGAGAGCCAAGGCCCUGGCUCCUGGGUAUACUAUGCUUACAGUCAGCUACACCCAUGGCAACGUCCACCUCAGUGCCAAGAUCACUGUUGCUGCCUUUCUUCCUCUCAAAGCUAUAGACCCCGUAUCUGUGGCGGUGGUGACUUUGGGAUCCUCUAAAGACAUGUUAUUCGAGGGCGGGCCACGGCCGUGGGUUUUAGAGCCAUCAAAGUUCUUCUAUGACUUGGCUCCAGAAGAUAAGGCCAGUGUGACCCUCAUGCUGACCAAUCCCUCAGCCCACAACCAGCACUGGGUCAGAGCCACAUGCAGGGCCCUGGGCGAGCAGGUGCUGGAGGUGAUGGUGGGGAACAAGCCCAGUUUAACCAACCCUUAUCCUGCUGUGGAGUCGGCAAAGGUUAAAUUUGUAUGUGCUCCUCCAUCCCGCCUCACCUUGGUCCCAGUGUAUACCAGCCCCCAGCUGGACCUGACCUGCCCGCUGCUGCAGCAGAACAAACAAGUGGUACCUGUGUCAAAUUACCGUAACCCUAUUUUGGACCUGGCUGCGUUUGAUCAACAAGGGAGAAAGUUUGACAACUUCAGUUCCCUGAGCCUGUUGUGGGAAUCAACAAAGGUUUCGCUGGCCAGCAUUGAGCCCACGAUGCCGAUGGAACUUCAGCUGCUCAGGGAUAACAACAAACAGAUGAAACUACAUGGACGUCAGACAGUUCUUGUCCAUCAUCAGACAGGCAUUGCUGACAUUACAGUGACGGCUGUGGGUUACCAGGUUUCUCACCUAACUGCAGCCAAAGUCCCGAGUCCAUAUGACCCUUUGACCCCGGUCUCUGCCACUCUGGAGCUCUUGUUAGUUGAAGAUGUGAAAGUUUCUCCUGAAACAGUGACCAUAUACAACCACCCUGACGUGCGGGCGCAUCUGGCCCUGCGAGAGGGUUCAGGACACUUUUUUGUCAAUACCAGUGUUAAUGGGAUGGUGGAUGUGGUGUUCCAAGAGGCCCAAGGAGCAGCUCAAGUCUCUCCUGUUCACCCUGGAGUGGUGAAGGUGAUGGUUCACGACCUUUGUCUGGCUUUUCCGGCACCAGCCAAAGCCACAGUGCAUGUUUCUGACAUCCUGGAGGUUUACGUGAGAGUGGUCGACAAGGUGGAGAUCGGCAAAUCUGUGAGAGCUUACAUCAGAGUAUUGGAUGAUAACAAGAAGCCCUUCCCUGCCAGCUAUUUCCAUUUCAUGAAUCUAAAACUCAAGGCAGCUUCUGCUAUAGUCUCUUUAAUACCAUUAGCAGAGUCUGCUGAAAAUGAUACAGCCGUUUUCCUGGUAAAAGGUGUCUCGAUAGGUCAGACCACACUGUCGGCUGUUGUUUUGGAUAAAAACGGGAGAAAAAUUGCAUCCCCACCUCAGCAAAUUGAGGUGUUUCCACCUUUUAAACUCAUCCCAAGGAAAAUGACCCUUUUAAUUGGAGCUAUGAUGCAGAUCACAUCUGAGGGUGGCCCUCAGCCUCAGUCCAAUAUCCUUUUCUCUAUUUCUGAUGGAGACAUCGCCUCUGUUAAUGGCAUAGGACAUGUCAGGGGUGUCGACAUUGGUAAUGUCACAGUGACUGGACUGGUUCAAGCUGUUGAUGCAGAAACUGGGAAGCUUGUUGUUGUGUCUCAGGAUCAAGUCGAAGUUGAGGUUGUACGUUUGACAGGCAUUCGAAUCAGAACGCCCAUUAUGAGAAUGAAGACGGGAACACAGAUGCCUGUAUAUGUGAUGGGUCUGACCAACAGUCAAACACCCUUCUCCUUUGGUAAUGCUGUACCCGGGCUAACGUUCCAUUGGUCCACCACCAAGAGAGACAUCCUGGAUGUCCAGUCAAGACACAUUGAGGCUAACGUGGAGCUCCAGUCAGAGCACAACUUUGGCAUGAGGGUGACUGGAAGAACUCGAGGGCGUACGGGGCUGAAGGUGGUGCUCAGGGUUUUGCAGCCUGAGGCUGGGCAGAUCAUAGGCAACCUUCAGGAGCUCCGAGAUGAGAUCCAGAUCCAGGUCUAUGACAAGCUGCAGAUGCUUAACCCUGAAGUAGAGGCUGGGGAGUUACUGAUGGCUCCCAACUCAGCGCUCAAACUCCAAACAAACCGGGAUGGUGUGGGUGGACUCUCCUAUCGGAUGCUGAAUUGUCCUGACCAGGUUGUCACUGCUCAAGUGGACAAUAAAGGCUUCCUCUUCUCUGGCUCUCUUACUGGCAUCUCCUCCCUGCUGAUCACCUCACAAGAGACCUUUGGUGUCAAUCAAACUCUCAUCCUCGCUGUGAAGGUGGUGCCCGUGUCCUAUGUGCGCUUCAGUACCAGCCCAAUGCUUCACACGCACAACGGAGAGAGUCUGAAAGCUUUCCCACUGGGCGCAGUCCUCACCUUCACUGUCCACUUCCACGCCAGCACUGGAGAAGCCCUGCACAGCUCCAGCUCUCACCUUAUGUUCUCCACAAACAGAGAUGACCUGGUGCAAGUCGGCGCUGGGCCAAGUAACCACACUCUGACCGUGCGGACGGUCAACGUUGGCCUCACCCUUCUUGCAGUGUGGGACAGUGAAAACAUGGGCGUCGCCGACUACGUACCGCUUGCCGUCGAGCACGCCAUUAAUCCCCAUGAGGCCCACAGGCUGGUGGUGGGAGACGUCGUUUGCUUCGCGGCCCAAUUAACCAGCCCAGAUGGUGUUCAUGGGACAUGGAGCUCCUCAGCUAAUGGCAUUCUUCAGGUGGAUCCUAAAAGUGGCGCCGCCGUGGCCAGAGACUCUGGGACAGUCACGGUUUACUAUGAAAUACCUGGUGUUUUGAAAACCUACAGAGAGGUGACGGUGGGCGUGGCUACAAGAACGACGGCUAUGGCACAGCCCGCGCCGGUCAGAACCGGCAAGGAGGCAAAGGUCCUACUCACCACAAGAGAAAGAGGAACCAACCUUAUUGGAACCUGUUCGUCUGCUCAGAUUGAAGCCAUUCCUCAACUACAGCCAGAGACUUCAGUCAGCUGCCAACUCAGCUUCACCAGUGAUGCCAUUGACUUCCCUGUCAGCGAUGUCUUUAAAACUCAAAUCAGCUUUGACACCAGCAUAGGCCUCUACACAUGUUCCAUGACCUUGCAGCCAAUAUCUGACCAACAGACCCGUGUGCUCAGCAUGUCCAUGACGAACCUGCUGGUGAAAACAGGCCUGGAGGGCUGUGAUUUCUCUGGGGAACAAGUCAGUGCCAGGCUGCCUGUCGAGCCAGGGCUCUACUCUGACCAGACUGAGCUGCUGCUCUCAAACCUGCAUCCGUCAGCUGAGCUCACAGUGUACGGCCACACUGCCACACUUUCCAACAUGGAGGUGGUGUCCACUUCUGCCAACAUCGCUGUGCAAGAGAGGGAGCAACAUACUGGUUUCCCCAGUUUUUCAAAGUACACCGUCAGUGCCGUGGACCCUCAGGCUGCCGUGUCCGCUGCCAUAUCCGUAAGCAGCACUUCCUCUGGCCAGAGUCUCCUCAUCCCGGUCACUCUGAUCCAUGUAGCCGAUUCCAGCGCUCCGUUGCAAGCAGCUGCUCCUCCAGUUGUUAACAGGGAGGGAGACUACUCACUGCACAGCUUCAUCAACAGCUACCAGAUGAUGUUCUUCACCCUGUUUGCUCUGCUGGCCGGCACAGCCAUCAUCGUCAUCGUUCUUCACUCAGUUUUCACUCCGAGGCAGCAAACGUAUCACCCUGCUUUCAUCCAGACGACGACACCGCCGUCCAUCUCAGGUUUAGGCUCUCCAGCGGUGAAUUCCUUCAACCACUCGAUACCCAGGACUGACCCGAACAGCAGCCCGAGGUCUCGUCUUUACUCUCCAGACUACAAGACCUGAUGAAGCCCCUUUUGUUCAGUCUGGUCUCUAUUCUUCAGAAGCAGAGAAUGACAGUUAAAGCCAGUUCAUGUUCACUGAAUGUGCCUCUGUCACUGUGGACAAAUGCCGCGGCAUGUGACUGCAAAACUGUCGCCUCCAUUGUCUGCCUGUUUUUUCAGAAUAGAAGAUCAUUCAAGAAUUAUUAUAGCGCUGUUUUUUUUUUUGUGUGUACUUAGUGUUUUGUUUUAUAAAAAAAAACAAAAAAAACGAAUCACUUGUUUGUGCUUUAAAAAAAAAAAAAGCUUGUGUUUUUGUUUGUUUGACAUUGGUUUGUGUACGGUUGAACAUAUUUGAUGUGAGAUGUAAUAACUCAGGAUGUAACCACAGCCUUUUAUGACAGAAAAACGACUUGAUAAUGUUCUUUUGAACAGAAACCGUCCUUUGUUAUGUUGCCUAGCUUUGUCAUUUUGUGAAAAUGUCUGCCACUGAAACACCGUCCUCAUAAGUGAUGAACCCUUCAAAUGUGCAUAAUCCUGACUAUGAUCUGUUCUGGGCAUUUAUUUUGUUUUGGAUGGAAUCUAACCUCCUUGCGAUGAUUUAAAUGUACUGAGUUUUUGAGCCACAACACAUGCAGCUCUUAUCUAUUUCAUCAAUGUGAAACGGUUGAGGAAUGUGAAGCGUCGUUGAGUUUUUAAUCCCAGUGUUGCUCCAUUUUGCGAAAAGCAAUCACAAUGUGACCUGAUCUCUGAUCCACUUCUCAGUUGUUGUUUUUUUCUUCUUCUCUCACCUGCCCACGUGUCCACAAAGAGAUUACUGUAGCACUGCUGAGUUUCUGGGGCAUAAGAGCGUGACUUAGUUUUAAAUUAGGUGUUUCUGUAUCGGAAAGAAAAACAUUGGCGAUGAAUGGUAUUUAUGUUAGCCACUGAAAUUCAGUUUUACUGACGGGAGUGCGUGCGUGUGUGUGUGUGUGUGUGUGUGUGUGUGUGUGUGUGACGAUAACUGUUGCUUUUUCUUUGUUUGUCGUGCCUGACAAUCGCAACCGGAAACGCUUUCAGCACAUAAUACUGACACGAAUUUGUGUGUAUAUAUGUUGUAUAUGUGUGCUUUUUCCUUUUGCUAAUUAAAGUUUUUACUUUUCAUGUU